UUGUGUAAAUAACGUAACCGGAAGAUGUGGACAUAGCCGAGACACUUGGCUGUUUGCACCAAAAUGGAGGAAGGUGAAGAAGAGACUACGUUUGUCGUUGAGGAUGUCACCAAGCUAGUAAAAGACUCUAUAGAAACAACCAUCGGCACGAGCUCCUAUCAACACAUCCGGGUAAACCAGUGGAGCACUUCCAUUGUGGAGCAGUGCCUCAGUCAACUGUGCAAGCUCGGAAAGCCUUUUAAAUAUAUCGUCACCUGUAUCAUCAUGCAGAACAAUGGGGCGGGACUCCAGACUGCCAGCUCAUGCUUCUGGGACAAUGCUACUGACGGAAGCUGUGCAGUAAAGUGGGAGAACAAGUCCAUGUGUUGCAUCGUCAGCGUUUUUGGCUUGGCCAUCUGAAGAUUCACGUUUUUGGUCAUGUCGACUGCAUUUCUGUAUGUCAUUGAAUAAAAUGAGCCAUUUGUGCAUUGUUGUUUUCAAAGA